AUGGUCACUGUCACGGACCCUUUGACAGCGCGCCUAGAGGCCGCCAUCAAGGCCUGGUCUGACUUCUUUUCCGACGCCGAACACGAACGCCUCGAUCCUGCUAUCUUUGCCGACCAGUCGCAAACCCUCUUUGCUAACCACCCGCUGGCUCCCGUGCCGCUAGCUGACCUGUUACUGCGCCCGACACCAUCGAACCGCGAGUGUGUCGACCAGCGCACGCUGCAAUACCUCCAAGUUCUCCAGAAACAGGGGCGUAUCACCACCGCAGCUGUCUUGCGCGCGCUGUAUAAGUACUCGACUGCGCAUACCCGCGCUCAGACACCAGAUGGCAAGCCCAAACAUGGGGCUGGAGAUAGCAGCACUAAUGACGCAGAUGUCGGUGGCAGUUCGAAAGCCGAUCUAACGAGCCGCAUGGUGCGCUGGCGUAAUUCAUAUAUGGUAGAAGAGGAUGUUCUAUGGCGUCUUGCGCGGGCCGUAAACCAUGGGACUGGGAUCAAGACAAGCCAUGACGUGACGGAGGUGGCCAAGGUGCUUGCUCGUUGGACGGCCCUGUUCGCCGAGGUCUCGGCGGCCAUCUCGAGGGAUGCUUUCAACUCGAUGAAUGGGCUGCAAGUGAAGGACGAGUCCGAGGAUGCCAGAAACGCAUUUGUAUUGUUCUACUUUGCUUUCUGCGAGAAUCAGCUGGUGAAUGAGACGCUGAGCCAGCCGGUAUGCAAGGACAUCUGCAGGAAGCUUUUGGACAGCUUAGACGCCUUUUUGCCUACACUUAUGCAUCUAACAGCCGAUAUCACUGGUCGGUUGGAGCAUUUUCGUUCUGAGGUCCUUGCACGGUAUGCGCCUCAAGAGAAGAAGAGUAUGGAUAUGCCAUCAUUUAUGAAUGAUCUCAGCAUGAGCCUAGAAAGCUUUCAGGUUCCUGAGCUCCCCGUCGUCAACACUCGGGCAGGUCUAUACAUUUACCUCGGUGCUGCGCUCGUCGGUCGGCCCAUGAUCGAUGAUGAGGCCUUGUUUAGUUAUCUUCACAACAGAUAUCAGGGCGACCUUCAAGCAAUGGCCGUCCAUCUUAUCCUGGCAUCAUUUGACCUUUUGGCCAACGCCGUUUUCCGCAAUGAGGGAGCGAAAACGGGACAUCUACUCAAAUCGUUUCUGAUUAACAAAGUUCCCCUCAUUUUGGUUCAGCUGGUUGCCUAUGCUGCGACCACCAUGUAUCCAUUCAACGCCGAGAUGUGCAUCACGGAAGCUCUGAAUCAGGUGGACAUCAACAUGUUCCCAACGUUAUCGGGCAUGUUUGAUAUGCCAAACAACAACUCAUUCAAUGAUUCAGUCCGUCAGGACUUUUGCUUUGCCUGCCAGCUCCAUGGCCUGCUCUCACAGGCAGCAAUUGAGACGCUGCUGGGUGAUAUAACUUAUCAAUCACUGCCACCUGAAGGCCGCUAUGUGAAGGAACAGCUGGUCCAGGCCUGCCUUCAAGAGCCAGAUCGGACUCUGAAGCUCAUCGGGGAACUGGAUAAUAUGAAUGGAAAUGUUGGUGCUGCUGCGCAGGCCAUCGUCGAGAUCUGCCGAGACCUGGCUAGCAAGCCAUUAUCCUUGGACGUCCUGCUCCUGUUCGAUAAGCCGCACAAAAUCCUCCAUCCUCUGUGCGAGCUGCUCGACAACUGGGCCGGAUACGAAGAAGAUCAUGGCGAGUAUCAGCCAGUCUAUGAAGAGUUUGGAUCUGUGCUUCUGCUGCUGCUCGCCUUCGUCUACCGAUACAACCUCAGCACAGCCGACCUGGGAAUUCGCUCGUCGGGGUCGUUUGUUGCAAAGUUGUUGAACGGCGUUGACCGCUGUCAGCCAUUGGAGCAGCUUAGUGAACAAGAGAAGUCGCAUCUGGGUGGUUGGAUCCAUGGGCUGUUUGAUACCGAAGCAGGCGGUCUUGGUGAUGAGUUGAUGUCGUCGUGUCCACCGCAGGACUUCUAUCUCCUUGCGCCGACGCUCUUCCACCAGAUCGUUAAUGCCCUGAGCGCUGGGUACUUAACUGAUGAGAUGCUUAAGGGCGGUCUCGAAUACCUGGUGGAUGUCCUGCUCCUACCAGCUUUGGUGCCGGCUCUUCUCUACCUGUCGAACCUGCUCUGGGCCGACAACCAGCCCAUUCAGAACGCCGUUAUCAAGAUCCUUCAGCCUAUCUUGAAACCGACGUCCAUCUCUAAUGAAGCAUCCACUAUGCUCUCCUCGGUGCUCAACAUCGUCGCCAAGCCUCUCGAACAUGCCCUCAAAUCCUACCAACGCCAGGACCCCGAGUGCCAAAAGAUCGAGCCCCUGCUCCUCGCUAUUGCGGAUAACCUUGCUGUCUCCCGACGCACUGGCGGCGCUGACCACACCGAGCUUGAGUCCUGGUGCAGCGCGCAGAUUACGAACCCAGCAACUGGUGCUCUCAUCCAUGGUGGUUUGGCGGCUGCCGUCCGCACGACCAUCCAGCAACUCGUGCAGUGGGCCCAAAACCCUACGCUUAACUCAAUGAACGGCAUGCCUGCUCCGUACACACAUCGCCAGACACUUGCCGCGCAGCAAAUACUCGGCCCACACCGCUUGCUAGGUAUCAUCCUUGACGAGCUGAAAUCCAGUCCCGAGCCCGGCAUCGCUUACGACGUCGUCACAACAAUGAUCUGCGCUCCGGAUGUGCGCAAUAGCACGAUCUCCUCACCCUCUACCCAGUCCAAUAACUCCUCCGACCACAACGAUCAAGCCCAAAACCACCAAUCCCAAGAUGCCAAACACAAACACCCCCACCGCUUGACUCUCCGCGAUGCCCUCCGUCUCGAAGCCCACGACUUCCGCGCACACCUCCGGGCCGACCCGGUUCUUGCCGAGACCGUUGUCCGCCUCUACCGCCGCGUUGAGGCACAGCUUACCCCACUAGCUUUGCCCCUCCCUCCUGCUGCUGCUGCGGCACCUGCUGUGGGCGUUAAUGUCGGUGUUGAUGCGGCAACUGCUGCGGCGGCUGCGGCUGCUGCCGCGAUGAUGCCGGAUGCGCUGGGAUUGGGGGUCGUUGGAGGUGUUGAGUUGGGUGGUAUGGAGGGGGCUAUUGCGGCAGCUGUUGCGGCAGCGAAUGGGUCUGGUACUGGCGGUGCUGGAGGAGAUGGGACUCAGGGAGGUGCUGGGGACGCAGGGAUGGGGUUGGACGGACAGCAGCAGGGUCAGGGGGGAAGUUCAGCUGGGGAUAUGGGGCUUGGUGGGGGGACAGCCGAUGAUAUCUUUUCAGGCUUGUCGGGGCCGGAUGACUUUGGGGCGGAUUUCGGCAGUUGGAGUAUGGAUUUGUCGUAG